AUUCGCUUUAAGCCGUCUGUGCCCCGAGGAUUUCAAGAUUCGAGAGGUUUCUUCCACGUCUGUCCUUCAAGCAACCAUAUCUGCAGCAUUUGCAGCAGAGCGACGAGCCGAGUACCCCUGCGCAUAGAAUCGGUAGGAGUGUACCGCAGUUCUAUCUUCAACGGCGUCAAGCCCCACACGUUCACUCCACGCCUACGCGCCGUAUACAUUGAUUGACACCCGCCGACAAUCUACGAGCUCGAGUAUUGCGAGCUGAUCGCUGCACACAAAGCAUGGAGAACGCCUAUACAAGAACGCCCAGCGAGGCGCUCAAGCAUUUCCAGGUCACAGAGGAGAAGGGUCUCUCAGAACAGCAGGUGAAGAGCCUGCGGGAAAAGCACGGCAGGAACGCAUUGCCUGAGGAGCCACCCACGCCCAUCUGGGAGCUCAUCCUCGAACAGUUCAAGGAUCAGCUGGUUAUAAUACUGCUUGGAUCUGCAGCAGUGUCCUUUGUCCUUGCGCUUUUCGACAACGAGGAGGGCUGGACGGCGUUUGUAGACCCGGCAGUUAUCCUCACGAUCCUCAUCCUGAACUCAGUCGUCGGUGUAUCGCAAGAAACCAGCGCCGAGAAGGCUAUCGCCGCGCUCCAAGAAUACUCAGCGAACGAAGCCAAGGUUGUCCGCAAUGGAGCGAUCAAGCGCGUCAAGGCUGAUGAUCUGGUGCCUGGAGAUGUUGUCUCCGUGGCAAUCGGCGAUAGAAUCCCCGCGGACUGCAGGAUCCUAUCGAUUUCGAGCAACAGCUUCAUGGUCGACCAGUCGAUUCUGACCGGCGAGAGUGAGAGUGUGAACAAGGAUAUCCGGGUUGUCAAGGACGAGAACGCGGUCAAGCAGGAUCAGGUCAACAUGCUGUUCUCAGGAACAACAGUGGUCACUGGACACGCGAACGCGCUGGUAGUUCUGACAGGCGCGAACACAGCCAUUGGAGAUAUUCACGACAGCAUCACUUCUCAGAUCUCGCAGCCGACUCCUCUCAAGGAGAAGCUGAACAAUUUCGGCGAUCAGCUCGCCAAAGUUAUUACGGCCAUCUGUAUUCUCGUCUGGCUCAUCAACAUCCGCAACUUUAACGACCCGUCUCACGGAAGCUUCACUAAGGGUGCUAUCUACUACCUCAAGAUCGCAGUUUCGCUCGGUGUAGCUGCUAUUCCUGAAGGUCUUGCAGUCGUUAUCACAACAUGUCUGGCUCUGGGAACACGCAAGAUGGCCGCCAGGAACGCCGUUGUUCGUAGUCUUCCAUCUGUUGAGACUUUGGGAAGCUGCAGUGUCAUCUGUUCCGACAAGACCGGUACCUUGACCACCAACCAGAUGAGCGUCAACAAGGUUGUUUUCAUCAACGAAGCAGGUAACGGCCUUGAGGAGUUCGAUGUUGAAGGAACCAGCUUUGCCCCCGAGGGCCAAAUCUCUUUCAACGGAAAGCCCGUCGAGAACCUCGCUGCAUCUUCCGCUACCGUUCGUCAGAUUUGCGAGGUUUCAGCACUCUGCAACGACGCAUCUUUGGCUUACGACUCCAAGAACGGCACCUACGGUAUUGUCGGUGAGCCCACUGAAGGCGCUCUUCGUGUUCUGGCCGAGAAGGUUGGUACCCCUGACUCAAGGCUCAACUUGAGCAAGACCAGCAUCUCGCCCGAGGGCCGUCUCCACUUCUCGAGCAAGUACUACGAACAGCACGCUACACGACAAGCUACAUACGAAUUCUCCCGCGACCGCAAGAGUAUGUCUGUCCUGGUCAGCAACCGUCAAAGCGGCGGUCAGAAGCUUUUGGUCAAGGGCGCCCCCGAGUCUAUUCUCGCCCGCUGCACAUCCGCUCUUGUUGGCAAGGACGGAAAGAAGGUACAGUUGAACAACCAGCUGGGCGACUUGAUCCAACAGGAGAUUGUUGACUACGGCAACCGCGGUCUUCGUGUCAUUGCUGUUGCCUCCGUCGAUGACGUCUCGAACAACCCUCUUCUUUCCAAGGCCAAGACUACCAAGGAAUACGCUCAGCUUGAACAGAACAUGACUCUCAUCGGCCUUGUUGGUAUGCUGGACCCUCCCCGUCCUGAGGUUCGCGAAUCGAUCGAGAAGUGCCGCUCCGCUGGUAUCCGCGUCGUUGUCAUCACUGGUGACAACCAGAACACUGCUGAGGCUAUCUGCCGACAGAUCGGUGUCUUUGGUCAGAACGAGAACCUCGCCGGCAAGAGCUUUACUGGACGCCAAUUCGAUGACUUGACCGAGGCUGAGCAGAUGGAGGCCGCGAAGCACGCUUCCCUGUUCUCCCGCACUGAGCCAACGCACAAGUCCAAGCUGGUCGACCUCCUCCAGAAGGCUGGCGAGGUUGUUGCCAUGACCGGUGACGGUGUCAACGACGCACCGGCACUCAAGAAGGCUGAUAUUGGUGUCGCUAUGGGUUCUGGUACCGAUGUUGCCAAGCUCGCCGCCGACAUGGUUCUGGUUGACGACAACUUUGCUACCAUCGAAGGUGCUGUCGAGGAGGGCCGCUCCAUUUACAACAACACCCAGCAGUUCAUCCGCUACCUCAUCUCGUCCAACAUUGGAGAGGUCGUCUCCAUCUUCCUUACUGCCGCCGCGGGUAUGCCUGAGGCUCUCAUCCCCGUUCAGCUUCUCUGGGUCAACCUUGUUACCGAUGGUCUUCCCGCUACCGCACUCUCGUUCAACCCUCCUGAUCACGAUAUCAUGAAGCGCCAGCCUCGCAAGCGUGACGAAGCCCUUAUUGGCGGCUGGUUGUUCUUCCGUUACAUGGUCAUCGGAACCUACGUCGGUGCCGCAACCGUUGGUGGUUACGCAUGGUGGUUCAUGUUCAACCAAGAGGGUCCCCAGAUCUCCUUCUACCAGCUCAGCCAUUUCCACCGCUGUUCUUCUCAGUUCCCCGAGAUCGGCUGCGAAAUGUUCGCCAACGCUUCUGCACAGGCCGCUUCCACCGUUUCGCUCUCCAUCCUUGUCGUCAUUGAGAUGCUGAACGCCAUGAACGCCCUCAGCUCUUCCGAGUCCCUGCUUACCUUGCCGCUCUGGAAGAACAUGAUGCUCGUCUACGCUAUCUGCCUGUCCAUGGCUCUACACUUCGCACUCCUCUACGUACCCUUCUUGCAGGGCCUGUUCAGCGUCAUCCCGCUCAACUGGAACGAGUGGAAGGCCGUGCUGUACAUAAGUUUGCCCAUCAUCCCUCUUGAUGAGGGCCUCAAGUACCUCGAGCGCAAGUUCUUCCUUCAGACAUCACAUGUCGAUGACGUUGCGCAAAACGGACGGCCGAAGAAGGAGUAGAAGAAUGGAGAAGCGUACAGUACCCGCUUGUGAGCUUUGCAUGAGAGCUUGUGUACCAUAUUGGUCGUGCAUAUAGAAAGCAAGAGGUCUACUGCAGCGUGCGACCUAGGCAAGAGCGCAUUCAUACCAUUAGAUCAGUGGUCUCUUUCCAGGUUUUGGAGAAGGCGAGGACUUGUGUAUAUUUUGCAUGUUAAAGAAUAGAU